UCAACUUGUUAAGAAUGGUGUUAAUGUGAAUUUGAUUUCUCGGGAACAACAGAAAGAAUUGUACUGUGUUCAGAUUUUGAGGUGGAAAUGAGUUCACAGUGAAAUGGUCAACUGGAUAGAAACAUGGUGCAGAUAUUGGUAAAAGUAAAAGAUGAUCUCAAUAAUACAAGGGAAUGGCUGGUACUAGAGAUACAAGGAGAUAUUGUAUGUAAUUGUCCACAGUCUGCUGGAAGAAGACAUUUUGGACAUCUAAUUUUUUCAGAAAGACCAAUUCUUAUUGUGGGACAUCAUAUGUAUAAUGGGAAGACUCUGAUACUUAAUUCUGGUAUAUCAGUUCUGAAGAAGGAACAUUCAAAUGGUUAUUCUUCAACUGCUAACAGAGCAGGCAAUAAUGGAUAUUUACAUCUAGGUAUCAUAGAAAAAAAAAUUAUAUUCAGAACAAGACCGAGACCGUUGGUUUCAAAGAAACAUUGAAAGGAGCAUGUUCAACGAAGAAUUUGAUUAUUUUCCAG